CCCACCACCAAACACCACUUCACGCGCUAUUACUCCCGAUCAAAAUACGAUUUCCAGCCAGCUUCCACUCAGACUUUGAACACCGCCGCAUCUAGAGCUAUACCGUAAAAACAGUCGACCACCUUCAGAAACAUACCAUACUACGCCGCGCGAGCUUGUCACAAUUUUCUCCACCUUGCCUUUGUUCACCUGAGAAACACGCCCAUUGUGCCCUUCCGUCCUUGUCCAGCCUGCCUAGCUAGCCUUCUCUUCUAUCCGAAGCUCCCCCCUGUUCCUGUAUCUCUCUCAAGCUAGCAGUCGCCGCAAUGGACAAGGACAGAGACAACCUUUGGUCCCGUCGCACAAACGUUGGAAAACUGUCCCUGACAAUGGACAAGUCAGAUCGUCAAGAUGGACAUACGUCGUCGAAACGUUUCGGCAGCACCUCCUCUCACGGCCGCAACAAUCCCUUCAACUCUGUCACACCGUUGACCACGAGCGGAAUCUCGUCGCCUACUACAGGCGCUUCCAGCGCUUUCAGUUUAGGCAAUGGCGCCUUCGCUUCAUUUGGCUCUGCUACAAAGACACCCAAAACGCCGGGCACUGCCUUUGAUUUUGCCAAAGCUGUCGCUGGCACGUCCUCAGCUGUCAAUUCAGCUGAGAAGAAGGACGGUGAAGAGAAGAAGAGCUUUGCUAGAAAGGUUGCGCCUGCUACUACACCCCGUCCCGCAACUUCACAAUCAAUAGAGCCGGCAGCAAGAGGCAAUGACAGCCCGUGGCCGCUCAAGUACACCUGGGUCAUCUGGUACAGACCCCCCACAUCAAAGAACUCGGACUACGAGAAAUCCACUAGACCGAUGUGCAAGAUUUCGACUGCGCAACAGUUCUGGCAGGUCUAUUCACACCUGAAACACCCUUCCGGACUCCCUACCGUGUCAGACUACCACUUCUUCCGUGACGGCAUCAGGCCUGUAUGGGAGGAUGAGGAGAACAAGAAGGGAGGAAAGUGGAUUCUGCGAUUGAAGAAAGGCGUUGCAGACCGAUACUGGGAGGACCUGCUAAUGGCCAUGAUUGGAGACCAGUUCGCCGAGGCCGGCGAGGAGGUUUGCGGUGCUGUUGUCAGUGUGCGCAGUGGCGAGGAUGUGUUCAGCAUCUGGACCAAGAACGACGGAGGCAGGAACGUCAAGAUUCGGCAAGUCAUAGGAUGCGACACGAUUUCGAACAACAUUGCUGACAUUCGAAUGCAGGGAAACCAUCAAGCGCGUCCUGUCUCUGCCAGCAGACACCAACAUGGUUUGGAAAAGCCAUGAUGACAGCAUCACUCAAC